AUGGUUUUAGUACGAAUAUCAUACCGAAAAACUCCAAGACCUUCAUACUACAUUUGCAAGCCAUCCACGGGAAAAUCCCGAAAGAUUCCAAACCCUAAGACAAAUCAACAUCGAACUCUGAAGACCGCCGUUGUUGUUAGAAAGUCUAGCAACCCGAUGCAUUAUAAAAUAAUUCGCUUCUCCACUUCUCAUGGUUAUCUUGUGUAUCACUGUGAGAUAUUCAACUCAGAAAUCUGGGAAUGGAUAAUGCUUGACGACAUAAUUGUUGUUAGCGACGAUGAUCAAGUCAAACCUUCUUCUUUUCUUGGAUCGGCGACUGAUCUUGGGGUUCUCAUACAUGUAGCCAUUCACUUGCCAUCAUAUGACAGGCACAUUACGACACUAGAUACCAAUAUUUAUGGAGGAAGUUGGAGGACCAUUUCACAACCAAAUGAAAAACUAGAAGAUGCAGGUGGCUGGGGUGUUGAGAAGAAACUAGUAGAAUGCGAAGGUGAAUUAGGCUUGCUAUACCUUGAAUUGGUUGAAAAAUGGCCGGAGCUUUGGGUGUUAUAA